AUGCCCUGCUCCUGUGCCCAGUGGAGGCGGUGGAUCCGUCCCUUGGUCCUGGUUCUUUACGCUCUUCUCCUUGUGGCCGUGGUGCCGCUCUGCAUCUGGGAACUGCAAAAAGACAAAGUUGGCACGCACAGUAAAGCGUGGUUCAUCGCUGGCGUGUUUGUUUUCCUGACCAUCCCCAUCUCUCUGUGGGGAAUCCUGCAGCAUCUGGUCCACUACACUCAGCCAGAACUGCAGAAACCAAUCAUCAGGAUACUAUGGAUGGUGCCAAUCUACAGCUUGGACAGCUGGUUGGGCCUGCGCUAUCCCAGCCUGGCCAUCUACGUGGACACCUGUCGCGAGUGCUACGAGGCUUACGUCAUCUACAACUUCCUGAUUUUCCUGCUGAACUUCCUGAGUCACCAGCACCCCAACCUGGCCAUGAUACUGGAGGUGCAACAGCAGCAGCCACACCUGCCACCCCUCUGCUGCUGCCCACCCUGGCCCAUGGGAGAAGUCCUGCUGUUCCGGUGUAAACUGGGGGUGCUUCAGUACACAGUGGUCAGACCGGUCACCACCGUCAUCGCUCUGAUCUGUCAGCUGUGCGGAGUGUACGAUGAAGCAAACUUCAGCUUCAGAAACGCCUGGUCCUACCUGGUCAUCAUCAACAACAUCUCUCAACUGUUUGCCAUGUACUGCCUGGUGUUGCUGUAUCGUGCUCUGAAGGAGGAGCUUACGCCCAUCAGACCCGUCGGCAAGUUCCUCUGCGUCAAACUGGUCGUGUUUGUCUCCUUCUGGCAGGCCGUGCUGAUCGCAAUCCUGGUCAAAGUCGGAGUGAUUUCAGACAAACGCACGUGGGACUGGGAAAGUGUGGAGGCUGUUGCUACCGGACUACAAGAUUUUAUCAUCUGCAUUGAGAUGUUCCUGGCUGCCAUCGCCCACCACUACACUUUCUCUUACAAGCCUUAUGUACAGGAGGCAGAGGAAGGCUCGUGUUUUGACAGUUUUAUGGCCAUGUGGGAUUUCUCUGACAUCAGAGAGGACGUCUCAGAGCAAGUCCGUAACGUAGGUCGCACGUUUCUGGGGCGUCCAAACAAGAUGUACUUUGGCUCGACGGCUCGUCCUGAACACUCAGAGAACAGCGGCCUCCUCAACUCCACCUCCCAAGACGCCAUCACCUCCUCCACCUCCGGAAUAGUGGGACCCCAGGGGACCUCCAUGCCCCCCUCUCCCACAUCCAGCGGCCGAUACCAGGGCUUGGGACACACACAGGCCCCUCAUUCCACCUCUGCUCCAGCCGGAUUCACUCAGCCCACACCCACAGGAGAAAAUCAUUAG